UUGUACCCGUCAGCCAUGACGCAGAGGGCGCGACGGAUGCCCCACUCGUCGCGGCGGUACGCGCGUCGGCAGAGCGUCUCUUCAACGCGUCUCAGUGGUUCACCUCGCGGCUCGCGGGCAGGCGGGUGUAGGCCGGCCCAGCACAGGUGAAUCGUGGAGCAGCUCAUGGGGGUCCGCUUCGUGGCGUGCCGGCGGCGCGGCUAAGGGGACGACGACCGGGACGACAGCAGCAGCAUGGCGAGGAGCCGGAAAGGGAGUCUUGCCUCGGCCCGGACGCUCACUCCGGGCCAGCGGCUCCGGAGGUUCGUCCGCCGCCGAGUUCCUCUGGUGACGUGGCUGCCAUCGUACUCCGCCGAGUUCGUGGUGGCCGACCUGGUGGCCGGGAUCACCCUGGGGCUGACCCUGCUGCCCCAGAGCAUCGCGUACGCCCAGCUGGCGGGCGUCAGCCCCCGGUUUGGACUGUACUCGGCGUUCAUGGGUGGAUUCGUCUACAUGUUCCUGGGCACCAUCAAGGAGGUGACGAUCGGCCCCACCUCGCUCAUGGCCAUUGUCACCUUCCAGUUCACCCGGGACCUCAACAUCCACUUCGUCAUCCUGCUCACCUUCCUCACUGGCGUGGUGCAGUUCCUCAUGGGCGUGCUGCGCCUAGGCUUCCUCGUGGACUUUAUCUCGACGCCGGUCGUGUCUGGGUUCACGUCGGCCACCUCCUUCAUCGUGAUCGUGGCCCAGCUCAAGCACCUGGGCGGGCUGCGGUUCCGCGUGCGCGGCUUCCUCAAUCGCCUGCACGCCCUCUGGACGCACGUCCCCGAGACCAACCCCGGCGACGCCAUCCUCGGCAUCUGCUGCAUCACCUUCCUGCUCGCUCUCAAGCGCCUGGGCGCGAUCAAGGUGGAGGCCAAGGACGGCGGGCCGACGACGGCGGGUCGCCGCGUCUUGGGCCGCAUCCUCUGGUUCCUCAGUAUCGGCCGCAACGCGCUCUGCAUCGGCAUCGCGUCCGUCGUCGCCAAGGUGUGCUACGAGUACAUGGACACCGAGGUGCCGUUCGCCAUCGUGGGUGACAUGGUCCCCGGACUGCCGUCGCUGUCGCUGCCGCCCUUCCACACCGAGAUCGGCAACCGGACCUUCACGUACCCGGAGAUGGUGCGGGAGCUGGGCGCCGGCAUCCUGGUGGUGCCGCUGGUGGGCGUGCUGGCCAACGUGGCCAUCGCCAAGGCCUUCGCCUCGGACGUGGCCAUGGACGCGACGCAGGAGAUGGUGGCGCUGGCGGCGUGCAACCUGCUGGGCUCGCUGGUGCAGGCCAUGCCCGUGUGCGGGGCCUUCACGCGCAGCGCCGUCAGCCACGCGUCGGGCGUGCGCACGCCCAUGGUGGGCCUCUACACGAGCGUGCUCGUCAUCCUCACGCUCGAGUUCUUCACGCCCUGCUUCUACUACAUCCCGCGCGCCACGCUCGCCGCCGUGCUCGUGUGCGCCGUCGCCUCCUUCAUCGACGUGGCCAUCGUGGCGCAGCUUUGGCGCACCAGCA